CAGCGACCGAGGACACGAAGAGCGCGGACACCCUAAGGAGUGCACGGCAAUCGAGAUGUCGAGUGGGAAGGCGCGACGCUAAGAGACGAGGUGCACGACGUCGAGACGGUGAGAGUGUCAGUGAUGCUACAACGACGAGCAACGCGAUAGUAAAGCAAUUCGCGGGGAUUCUCUGCGUCAAGUAUCAGGAUACAAUGCGUUGCGAUGUAGCUGGUCGAUUCCUCUGACAUUUCGCGGGAAUGCUGCGGUGAGACACGACGACGUGAACUCGUCCUCGCCUAAGGAUACAGUGAUACCUGGAAUAAUUGUCUGCUCUUCGUCACUGUUUUCGAGAUCGAUAGAUCCUACAGGCAGGUAUAACCGACAUACCCGAAGGGAAAAGAGGCGACGCGCGAAUCGGUAAACUGAUGCGUCGAGGAGUGACAGGAUCGCGAUCGACGACGACGACGACGAUGACGACGUCGAUGACGAGAACGAGGAUGAGUACAUGAUACGCGUAAUCGUCACAGGUGUGCAUGUGGUGAGGAAUACGCCGAGCACACCCACGCACGCAUGCACGUUUGUUGACGGAACGCAGCAAAAAUCAGUCCGAGAUAUCCGCACAAAAACACAGAUUACGGGUGUAUCUCUAUUACGAUCCUGCUCCAAGAUAAAACACCAGAAUAUUGUCGCAGCGAGAGCGAAACGAAGUUUUGCUCUCUUGACGUUCUCGCGACUGAAAGAGGCCGAAAAACGAGCGAAUUCUAAUCGGCAUUCAUUCCCCGCCCCGACGUCGACUCGACCAGGAUCAAGUAUUAUAAGUUGCAAAUAUGUAUUGUGAUUCCCAGAGCUUACCGAGGUCAUUCGACGUUGGCGUGACUGAUCAAAUAACCGCUUGUGACUAACACUUUAUAAAGUAAGAAUGCAUGAAACUAAUGGUACAAAUAACAUGAGAGAGCCGAAUGCGACCGAUGUUACCGAUUCUACUUUGUACACCAUAUCGUCGGGCGAUCCCGACACAGUCUCCUCAGGCAUGGCAAGUAUUUACAACGAGACGUCCACGAUGUACGUUGAACUAGCGCAGGAAAGCGAGAACAAUCAACGCAUAUGGAAUUUGUCUAAGACCGCCGUAACGUCGUUACUCGAGCCUACGUCGAUGACGUUCGAUACGUCAGGAGGUACCACCACGAUGUAUACACCGACUACCACCUCCGAUUCCUUCGAUGAAUUCGGUCCACCCGAAGGAGUGGAGUAUAUUUUCGUGCCACUCGGUGUGGUGGUGUCUGUUAUUAUAUUAUCAGCAGUGGUAUGGGUACUAAUUAUAUCGAGGAAGCGGAAGUUGGAACGUUUGAGACAUAGGCUUAUGCCAAUGUAUAACUUUGAUCCUGGAGAGGAAGAAGAGGACGACUGGGAAACUGAGCUACUGGACGAGUGUUAUAACACACAUCAGAAACGAGUGUAUUGUGUCAUCUCCAAUAAGGUGAACUGCCGGGCAAAGUGGCUAUGCAGACAACUACUGUGUAUUUAUCCAUGCAUAAGUGUGUAUAUGGUAUGCAGUUAACACGAGAAUAGAGCCUACUCUUAA